UUUCUAAAUUAUAAAAUGAUUGGGGUAUUAUAGUAUUAAGGUAGAGAAACUACUCUCGAAUUGGAACCUGGCUUCAGUCGUAUCUCUCUCUUGUAUGUAUGUCUGUAUAAUUAUUAUUAGCUCGCCUCCGGUGGAAUAUUACUAUCAAUGCUGAUGAUGGUUCGCCUAUUUUCUAUGCUGAUUGCCAAACUUGUAAAUGAAAUGAGUCAAAAAUAUAUUAUAAUAAUAAUAUGAUGACUUUAAUAUUAAACGUAGUAUUUACUUACAAGAAAGAGAGAUGCGUUUUUAUUUACAUAUUGACAGAUUCAAAUAAAUAUCGGAAGCUAACACUUCAAUUUUAGAUCAGUAAAAUCUUCUCACAGUGAAUGGUAGCGACUGCAGAGAAGCCGAUCGAGCAACACAAAUUCCCCAAUUCCAACCCUCAAUCCAUAUAAACAUAUAUAUUGUGGGUUUCGCGGCUGAGAUCUCGGAAGGGAUUUGGAAUUGAUCGAAAAUGUACAGCGGGUCAAGCGACGGCGAGGCGGCGGCGCCCAGGAAGAUCCCGGCGGCGUCUGCCAUGCUUUGGGUUCGAAAUCUUCGCCGCUACAUCGGAUCUGGCGCCGGCCUAGGAUCCGAAGCUCUUAUGGAAUUGGAGACCAAGAAGAUUUUGUUGGACAUUUUCAAGGAGAAGCAGCAGAAGAGCGCCGAAGCUGGUGCCAUUCCCAGCUUCUACAAAAGGAAACCUGAAGAAGGUUCCAUCAGCCAUAGGGUUCAGAGACUCGCCAAAUAUCGGUUUCUCAAGAAACAAUCUGAUCUUCUGCUGAAUGCUGAUGACCUGGAUGCCAUGUGGGUUUGCCUGAGGGAAAAUUGUGUGAUCGAUGAUGCAACUGGUGCUGAAAAGAUGAAUUAUGAAGACUUCUGCCAUAUUGCCUCCGUAUGUACAGAACAAAUAGGCCCCAAAUGCCGACGAUUUUUUAGUCCAUCCAAUUUCAUGAAGUUUGAGAAAGAUGAAUCGGGAAGAAUUUCUAUUCUCCCUUUCUAUCUCUAUGUGAUGCGCACGGUUUCACUUACUCAAGCGAGAAUUGAUAUGAGUGAGCUUGAUGAAGAUUCUGAUGGCUUCCUUCAACCUCAUGAAAUGGAGGCAUAUAUAAGGGGUCUAAUUCCAAAUUUGGCUCAGUUGAGGGACAUGCCUGCUGCUUUUGUGCAAAUGUACUGUCGCAUAGCUGCACACAAGUUCUUUUUCUUUUGUGAUCCACAUAAACGAGGUAAAGCUUGCAUAAAGAAGGUGUUGCUUAGCAAUUGUCUUCAGGAGCUAAUGGAACUACAUCAGGAAAGUGAGGAAGAAGCUACUGAUACCGAACAGGCUGAGAAUUGGUUCUCUUUGACGUCUGCUCAGCGCAUCUGUGACAUGUUCUUAGCUCUCGAUAAAGAUAUGAAUGGAACAUUGAGCAAACAGGAGCUUCGAGAUUAUGCAGAUGGGACAUUGACCGAUAUCUUCAUUGAGAGAGUGUUUGAUGAGCAUGUUCGGCGUGGGAAAACUGGUGGUGGGAACACAAGGGAGAUGGAUUUCGAGAGUUUUCUGGACUUUGUUCUAGCCUUAGAAAACAAAGACACCCCGGAAGGAUUGACCUACUUGUUUAGGUGUCUUGAUCUUCAGGGAAGGGGAUUUCUCACGACUGCUGAUGUCCACACACUCUUCAGGGACGUACACCAGAAAUGGAUCGAGGGCGGGAACUAUGAGCUGUGUAUCGAGGAUGUACGCGAUGAAAUAUGGGAUAUGGUGAAACCUGCGGAUCCACUGACAAUAACACUCGCGGACUUGCUUGCGUGCAAGCAAGGUGGAACCGUUGCGAGCAUGCUUGUAGAUGUGCGAGGUUUCUGGGCUCACGACAACCGAGAGAAUCUUCUUCAGGAAGAAGAAGAGCCCCCCGAAGAGGAACAACAACAAGUUUAGAGGAGGAGAAGGCUUCUUAAUUCUUAUGUUGUAGUAGUAAUCUGAAUUUUCAUCAUCAAGAUGAUAUGAUAUCAUGGAUGGAUCUUAGAUAACUUGUAAAGAAUCAAUGCACGAAUGGCUGACUUGAACAAUGUGACCAAAUUUGUGUUACUUAUGUUUGUUUGGAACUAGUAUUUGUUCAA